GUUGUGCAACAUCAAAACAAACGCAUGUGACGCGUGACAUUGCACCACAGGUGAUCAAUGACAAAACAAGUGCUGUAUAUAAAACGGUUGCCGGGUGUCUUUGAAUGACCAAAGGGAUUAAACGACAACAGCAGAAGACAGUGCUGUAAGCAGUGAAGAAAAAAUAGGAGCGUAAUUAGAAGAGGAGAGCCUGGCUUCAAGUCUUCAGUCAAUGACGGGGAGUGAGAGUGAAGAAUCUACCAUGAAUAUGGAUAUAGCAGGGGAAAUAGAAAAGUUAAAAACCCUGUUUGGCAAAGGAGUGAAGAUUAUCAAGGAUGUUGGAGAUUUCCUAUAUGUGAUAGACAUCAAACCAAAUGCAGAAUGGGAUCUAACCUUCAAGUUUCAGAUUCCAAAAGAAACAGGAUCAAAUAUAUCAGAAGUUAUUGCCAGAUCACAGGCCCUGGACAUGGAGCAGUUAUCUGAAUUGUCCAAGCACCUGCAAGAAAAGCUGACCGGCAGUUGUGUCCAGGGAGAGUUCUUUGAAGAGAUUCUCACAGCAGGGCAGGAGUGGAUAAAGAGCCACGGUCUUGAAGAACAGGUGGCCUGUACGACUUGUAAAGGAUCAAAAGGGAACCCGACAUGUAAAAAAUCCAAAGAAAAGAGAAAGAAGAAACCAAAAGAGAAAGAGGAAAAAGAUGAAAAGAAACCAUCAAUGAAAACGGCUAUGGACGUCAUCAAGAGGAUAUUAUGGGAUGGCAGCCUGGACUCGGAUGACUUUGUAAUUGGUUACUUGGAUCGUUUCCGUGGAGUCAUUGAGAAAGAUUUCUCAGAAUUUUCAUGGGAGGACAUAGCCUCAGUAGAUUACGACACAUUAGCGAUUCCAAAACAUAGGAUUGUAUAUUUCAAGUACAAGGACCUGAUAGUGUGGCAUAAGACCAGGAGAUUUGACCAUGUGUUCGGGUCUGCGGGAAAACCCAGUAAGACAAUCAUGGAGGUGAUUGACCAGUAUGAAGAGAACUUGAAGAAUAACAGGGCAGAGGAAGAGGAGGAAGAGGAAGCCGAAGGUUCUAGUCUAGACUCUGAUGAUGACAGCGAUGAUGGCAUAGAAGUGACAAUUGAUGCUGAGGAAAACAAUCUUUGCCUUGAUGAUGAAGGUGAAGAAGUCUGUGACAACCAGUACUGGACUGAUAAGUUGAGACCCAAUCACUUCAUAGCUGUCCGAAUAACCAACCCACAUAUCGUAGAAACGGUUGCAAAUAUCCAAGACGCCAUCUUGGAAGUUGAACCCCGCUACGAGAGUUGCAUAGUGCCCCCCAAUGCUCUUCACCUAACACUAUGUGUCCUACGAUUGGACGGAAAGGAAGCAAUAGCUCAUGCAGUGGAAACUUUAAAAUCAAUUCAGUCCGAAUUGAAGGCCAUAGCUGCGAAGGGAAUCAAGCUUCAUCUUGAAGGGACUGGCGUUUUCUACGGCAGAGUGCUGUACGCCAAGGUCCAUCACGAGUCAGUUUUCACUGAAUUACUACAUCAUCUCCAAGUCUGUCUCAGUGCAGAAGGCCUCCCCAUAAAAGAUGCGCAUGAAUUUGUCCCCCAUGUGACUAUAAUGAAAACCACCCGCCCAGUGUCUCGACAACUGGGGACGAAGACCAUUAAUCCCUAUAUCCAGGAGCACUUUAAGGACACGAUUUUUGGCAACCAGUGCAUUGAGUCCAUUCAUUUGUGUGCUAUGGGAGAUGAGAGAAGAGAGGACGGGUUUUAUAUGUGUCCAUUCAGUUUAGACUUCUCUGUUCAGUAGGGGAGCUUUAAAUACAAAAAAAAACUUACAUUUUAUCUGUGAUACAUGAUUAUGUCGUUUACUUGGAAAAUUUAAAAGACUAAUUUUAUAUAGUGGAGAAAGAGUCAAAAAAUUUACCAACAGAUCAGGGUGUAAAGUGUGACCAAUAGUUAUUUUUACAAAUUGCUUCUUUAUCAAGUUUUUUCAAAUUCAGGGGUCGAAAUGUUUAGAAAAUCAUACUUUCCCUGCCGGGAAAGUGAUUUUAUAUAUUACUUUCCCUGCAAGAAAGUAGCUUUCCCUGACAACAAAAUCAUGAAAACAGAUUUCCCUGAUAUUAAAUUAGAUUAUUUUAAUAUGAUGAUGAAUUAUCAAGGAAAGAACAUAUCUUUGAGAAAUGAAUGUUUAUUGUUAUGAAAUAAACAUGGCAUCCAUA